UACAAAAUUAUUUUAUUUUGAAGGAGCGGGACCAGAUGUAGACAGCCAGAACCAGAGCACGCAUGCGCAGAAUGUUUGAGCACUAGUGUCCGUCCCCUAAAGUGACCGGGUGGUGUUCGUGUGAAAGCUGAAGCUCUUCUCUAACAGACAGGUAAAGCAUCAUGUCUCACUCAGCCUCACACAAAGGGUCCAGGAGCCAGAGGGGGGCGGGUAGAGGGUCCAGGUCUAAUGGUCUGAAAGAGAUCCACGUGGAUGAAGAGGUGAAGAUCUCAGUGAGCCAAGCUCUGGACAUGUUCCGCUUCAGUGACGACAAAGAGAUGGAGUUUCCCUCCUCGCUGACGAGCACAGAGCGAGCGUUCAUCCAUCGAACGGCUCAGUCACUCGGAUACAUCUCCAGGAGUAAAGGGAAAGGAUCAAAGCGUUUCCUCACCCUCAGGAAGAAGGAUGGUUCAGAUAAACCUCGCCCCACCAUGCCUCUCUCUCUCUCCCAUAACUCGUUGUUCUACGUGCGCAGCCUGCUGCAGAGGUUUCCUCUGAGCAGUAAGGAGCGCUCGGAGCUGCAGAACCAGAGCAGCAUGUCUCCCUCUGCAGAGUCCGACGGCGGCUGUGACAGGAACAGAGCGAGUGGCCGUCUGAAUAACGGGAUCCCCAUGGUUCCUCGCCGGAGGAGUCCGUCAGAACUGGACGCCUUCAGAUGCUCUCUGCCCGUCCACGAACGACAGGAAGAGAUCCUGCAGCUCAUCAGAGACCACCGAGUGCUGCUGGUGCUGGGAGAGACCGGCUCAGGGAAGACCACUCAGAUCCCUCAGUUUGUGCUGGAUGAGUGCAGCAGGGUCGAGGAGCCCUGCAGGAUCUUCUGCACUCAGCCCAGAAGACUCGCCGCCAUCGCUGUGGCCGAGAGAGUCGCAGCGGAGAGAGGAGAGAGCGUGGGCCAGACUGUGGGAUACCACAUCCGACUGGAGAGCAGGGUUUCUCCAAAGACUCGUCUGACCUUCUGCACCAGCGGUGUCUUCCUCAGGACGCUGAUGGCUGGAGACGCCAGCCUGACCACGGUCACGCACGUCAUCGUGGACGAGGUUCACGAGCGCGACGGUCUGACCGACUUCCUGCUCAUUAAGAUGAGAGACGUCCUGCAGAAGAUCCCGACCCUCAAACUCAUCCUGUCCAGUGCUGCUCUGGACGUCGACCUGUUCCUCAAAUAUUUUGGAAACUGUCCCAUCAUCAGACUGAAAGGCCGACAGUUUGAAGUGAAGGAGUUGUUCCUGGAGGACGUUCUCAGACUGACCGGCUUCAACAACGACGACAUGAAGAAGAAACACAAAGAGGACGCUGAGAGGAAGGAGCAGGAUCACAAACACCUGUCUGAAUGGUGUAAAGCUGUGGAGAGCAGCUCACCUGGAGAGAGAGGGGGGAGGAGUCCUGGGACCCCUACUCAGAGCCUCCUGCAGGACAGAGGAGACACAUCCUCACUGACCACUGAUGGAGAACAGGUGGAGCCGUGGAUUCAGAAGGAGAUGGACGGCUGUAUUUCCAGAAUCUUCCUCCAUGAAGAAGAGGAAGCUUUCACUCAGCUGUUUAACCUCAUCCUGUACGAGAGCGUCAGCGUGGACUACAGACAUACUGAGACAGGCUCCACCCCCCUGAUGGUGGCAGCUGGGCGGGGCUUCAUCCCUCAGGUGGAGCAGCUGCUGAGCAUGGGAGCAGACGUCAACAUGAAGACUUCUAACGGGUGGACAGCCAUGGAUUACGCUCAACACUUCCAGCAGAGCGACGCUGUGGAUCUCCUCCAAGCAUCUCUGGCUGUAGGGGGUCCAGGUGUGGGGGAGUGGUCUCUGGUCCAGGGGGGGGACACAGACCUGAGUCCAGAGGAGCAGGAGUUACUCAGACUUUACCAUCACAGCUUUGAUGAUGAGCGUGUGGACCUGGACCUCAUCAUGGACCUGCUGCACAACAUCUGCUCGACCUCAGCUGACGGAGCCGCUCUGAUCUUCCUCCCUGGAUACGAUGAGAUCGUUUGUCUGAGAGAUCGAAUCCUGUAUGAUGACAAGAGAUUCACAGUGAACUCUGACAGGUACCAGGUGUUCACUCUGCACUCAGACAUGCAGACGUCAGAUCAGAAGAAAGCCAUGAAGACGUCUCCACCUGGAAUCAGGAAGAUCAUUCUGUCCACCAACAUCGCAGAGACCAGCAUCACCAUCAACGACGUGGUGUUUGUCAUCGACUCAGGGAAGGUUAAAGAGAAAUCCUUCGACACUCUGAGUCAUGUGUCCAUGUUGAAGACGGUGUGGAUCUCUAAAGCCAGCGCUCUGCAGAGGAAGGGGAGAGCCGGACGCUGCAGACCUGGGAUCUGUUUCCACCUCUUCAGUCGACUCCGAUUCAACAACAUGCUGGAGUUCCAGGUCCCACAGCUGCUGAGGAUGCCUCUGCAGGAUCUGUGUCUGCAGACCAAACUGUUGGCCCCCUCCUCGUGUCCUGUCGCUGAGUUUUUAUCCAAAGCUCCUCAGCCUCCUCCUGCUUACGCCAUCAAGAAUGCCGUGCACAUGCUCAAGACAAUCGAUGCCAUGGACCAGAAUGAGGACCUGACCGACCUGGGCUACCACCUGGCUGAUCUACCUGUGGAACCUCACCUGGGGAAGAUGGUCCUGUGUGCUGUGGUCCUAAAGUGUCUGGACCCGGUCCUAACCAUCGCCUGCACACUGGCCUACAGAGACCCGUUCGUCCUCCCAGCUCAGAGCUCACUGAAACGAGCCGCCCUGCUCUGCCGCAAACGCUUCACAUCCAGCACCUUCAGCGACCACAUGGCCCUGCUCAGAGCCUUCCAGGCGUGGCAGAAGGCUCGCAGUGACGGCUGGGAGAGAUCCUUCUGUGAGAAGAACUUCCUGUCUCAGGCCACCAUGGACAUGAUCCUGGGUAUGAGGACCCAGCUGCUGGGACAGCUACGAGCCAUCGGUUUCGUGCGUGCCCGGGGGGGCAGUGACAUCCGGGACGUGAACCUGAACUCUGAAAACUGGGCUGUGGUGAAGGCGGCACUGGUGGCCGGCAUGUAUCCUAACCUGGUCCACAUGAACCCAGAGACCUCCCUGCUGUCCAGUACCAGAGAGAAGAAGGUCAUCUUCCACCCCACCUCCAUCCUCAGCCCCGCCCACAACAAGGAGACUGACUUGGUGCGGCCCCCCAGGACUCUGCCCACUGAUUGGCUGAUCUACAAUGAGAUGAGUCGAGGUCAAAGGAUGGCGAGCGUUCGCUGCUGCUCUGUGGUUACGCCCAUCACUGUGGCCAUCUUUGGAGGCUGUUCAAGACUGCCUGACUCCGCCUUCCAGGAUCCUGCUGGUCACCGAGACACAGAUGCUCCCCUGGAUGAGGUCAGUGACAGUGAGGUGGAGGAGCUGGCUGAGAUGAAGCUUGAUGAUUGGUUGGUGUUUCAGUGUGACAGAGAGGCUGCAGGUCUGGUGUUUGAUCUGAGGCAGAAGUGGCAGAACCUGUUCCUCAGGAGGAUCAGGUGUCCCUCUAAACCGUGGAGCCAACAGGACGAGUCCAUCAUCAGGACCCUGGUGUCUGUCCUCACAGCAGAGGAGCAGGGGGCGGGGCUUCAGCAGCCCACAGGGAUCGGACAGAGACCCCGACCCAUGUCAUCAGAGGAGGGACCCCAGAUCUCUAUGAGGAACUCAAAGAGCCCACAAAUACCCCCACAGUCCACCAGCGACAGGUUGUGCCGGACUCCAGCCGGUUCAGGACGUCCUCAGGUGAAAGCUAACAGCAGAGACGAGACCUUACUGUGUGAAGAACCCGCCUCCUCCACUAACUCCUCCUCUGUGGACACUCCCUCUGACAGCCCCGCCUCCUCAGGAAAGGCGUCUCACUCGGCGUCUCCUCAGCUGCUUCUCUCCUCCAUGAGAUAUUUCAUCAUGAAGAGCAGCAACAUGAGGAACAUCGAGAUCUCGCAGCAGAGAGGGAUCUGGUCCACCACGCCGAGCAACGAGACCAAACUGAGCCGAGCCUUCAUUGAGCACAGCAUCAUCAUCCUGGUCUUCUCUGUGCAGGGCUCAGGACACUUCCAGGGUUACGCUCGCAUGACGUCGGCUGUCAGCAGGGAGAGCUGUCAGGACUGGGGCCUUGUGGGUCUGGGGGGGGUGUUCAGUGUGGACUGGAUCCACAGAGAGAGUUUACCUUUCCACUGCAGCCAGCACAUCCUGAACCCCUGGAACGACCACAAGAAGGUGCAGAUCAGCAGGGACGGACAGGAGUUGGAGCCUCAUGCAGGCAGUCAGCUGUUGUUACUGUGGGACAGAAACUCGUCUGCUCAAUAAGAAGACAACAGAUUUGUCCCUCCUCCCUGUAAAAUGACAGAAGUUUGUAUUUUUAUACGUCUUUAAGAAGUUUGAUUUCAUCAGUCCUGAGAGAGUUCAGAGACAUGAACUGAUUUAAUGUUAAACUCUUGUGUUCUCCUGUUUCUCUGUUUCAUCAGUUUAUGAAGGUACCGUUAACUCAGGCUGCUGUGAUGAUGAUGACCAAGUUCUGUUUAUAAGAAGUGGACGUCUUCACUGUUUGUCCUCCACUGUUUACAAGUCUGAUGUUUGCCAUGCAGAGCAGGAUAUGACCAUAUAUGGACAAAGGGGUGGUCAUCAUGUGAGCAUGUGAUUAGCAAGUGCUAAGCUAUCAGCUAUAGCAAGUCUGUGACAUUAAUAAGGUAAAGGCUAAUAACACACACACAUACUUUAUUUUAGUACAGCCAAACUCUGAUCAGUUUUCUGGUUGCCAUGGUAGCAGCCUGUCAGUCACAUGUAGGCCCGCCCCUAACUCCUUCCCCUCUUUUUGCUCCUUUUGACUCAAAAUGGGACCAAAAUGUAAUAACUAAAUGAACGUCAUGAUGUGAGGAAGAAGACUGAGAAUUUAAACAACCAGACAUAACGCCCUCUUCUUAUAAACAGAAGAAACUGUGUGUGUGUGUGUGUGUGUGUGUGUGUGUGUGUGUGUGUGUGUGUGUGUGUGUGUGUGUGUGUGUGUGUGUGUGUGUGUGUGUGUGUGUCUAUCUGU